AUGGCGGCGGUGGGAGGAGGGAGGGGAAGGAGGAGGUCCCCGCACGCGGCGUUGGACCCAAGAAGCCGCCAAGUUUUCCAGCCCAUAAAACGCACUGCACUACCGGCCGGAGUCCGGAAGACGCGGCUUCGUCUAUCUCCAGCAGGCUCCGAUCCUCAGCGUUUCUCCUGCGAUCCCACACCAGAGUUCGUUGCAAUCGUCGUCGUCGUCGUCGUCAUCAGAACGAUGCUUCGCAAGUUCCUGCAUUUUGCAAGGUGUUGCAUUGGAUUGGAACGUGCACCCGCAGCACCAGUGCAGGCGGUGCCGCUGCCGGACAACGACGACAUCCUCCGUGAGAUCCUCCUGCGCCUGCCGCCGCUGCCGUCGUCUCUCCCGCGCGCGGCCCUCGUCUGCAAACGCUGGCGAAGCCUCGUCGCGGACCCUUUCUUCCUCCGCCGCUUCCGCGAGCACCACCACCACCGGACGCCUCCGCCCCUGCUGGGCUACUUCUUCAACGACUCUCACGGGCCCGGCUUCACCCCGACGCUGGCCCCGCCUGACAGCAUCCCACCGGAGAGCUUCUCCCUGCCGCGGCAGCCCGGUGCUAGCGAGCGCCUCUUCUUCCUCGGCUGCCGCCACGGCCUCGCGCUCCUCAUCAACCGGAGACGCCUCCACGCCGUCGUGUGGGAUCCCGUCGCCGGCUGCCGGGCCACCGUGGACUAUCCAGCGGAGUUCACCACUGACGACGGGGCGCACUGCUGCCGUGGCACGGUGCUGAGCACCGGCGCCACCGCCACCGCCGAUGCCGACGAUGGGCAGUUGAGGCCCUUCAAGGUCAUCUUGAUACGCACGGACGACGUACACGAUGGCCGCGUACGUGUGUCCAUGUGCGUCUACGAAUCCAAGACCGGAAAAUGGGGCGACACCAUCUCAACUGUUCUUAUUCCCUUGUCAGUGUCCAAUCUGCCCAGUGUCUUGAUUGGGAAUGCACUCUGUGGAUUUCUCCGGUGGCCAAAUGGCAUCCUUGAAUUUGAUCUUGAGAGCCACAGUGUAGGCAUAAUCAAGACGCCAAAGAGCCUCUGUCCCAUUGACAGAUCCUUGUUCCAGGUCGUGAGGACACAGGAUGGAGAGCUGGGACUUGCAAUCUUGUACAAACUCAUCAUGGAGGUGUGGAAGAGGAAGGCCAGCUCACCAGAUGGUGCCGUCGAAUGGGUUCUUCAGAAAACAAUUCAGCUGGACAACCUCCUUCCGAUACCACGUAUGAAUAUGAUGGAGUGUGAUUUGUCAGCAGCAAGGAUACUGGGGUUUGAUGAGGACAACAAUGCCAUUCAUGUGUCCACAUUUACCAGUGGCGCCUUCGCGAUCCAGCUUGACUCCAUGAAGUUCACGGAGCUUUUCAACGUCUAUCGGAUUGGUUCCUAUCAAUCAUGUUAUCCCUACACAGGUUUCUACACUGCAGUUGUACCUCGUCUUUCAGCUGCAUAAGUAACAAAUUCCAACUAUGUCUAGUAUAGUUAAUAUUGUCCAUGUGCUUAAGGAUUGUCUAUCGGGGUUAAGUAUGCAUACAGAGCAUGCUCAGCUCAACGUACCCCUGCUGAACUGUCUUAAUUACAUUUGUGAACUUCUUAUGUUUCAAUGUAAAUAGUGAGGUACUCUGUGAACUUCUUAUGUUUAAAUGUGUUUAUGUUGAGGUACUUUUGUGAACUUCUUUAUGUUUCAAUGUGUUUAUGUUGAGGUA